UUAUGCUCUCACAUGAAAGAAGAAGCUAGCGGAUUAAACUGUUCAUGCUCACAUACUCUCUGCCCCGUCGCUCAAACGGGAUGAAGUACAUUCAAAAUCUUCGCCAUCGUGCAGUUUCCUUUACGCGACGCAUAGGAAAGGAGAGCGAUGUCCCUGCCAGCAGCUAAAUUCAUGGACAAGACAAACCUCCAGGCAGAAAUAAAGGUGUAACGACAACAGGCGGUGCAUAGGGGUUCCACUGCAGGCCGGUGUGUGUGUGUGUGUGUGUGUGUGUGUUUAUGGUUGUGUAUGUUUAUGAGUGAGCGGCAUAGCAGCUGGGGGUUGUAACGUGAUGCCAAGAUGCUGCUGUCCCUGGGAAUGCUGAUGCUGUCGGCCACACAGAUUUACACCAUCUUUACCGUGCAGCUCUUCGCCUUCCUCAACCUGCUGCCUGUGGAGGCCGACAUCGCUGCUUACUCAUUUGACAACAAAACAGAGAACUUUGAUGACCUGCCUGCACGGUUCGGUUAUCGUCUCCCCAGCGAUGGACUGAAGGGCUUCCUGAUUGGUGCACGGCCAGAGAACGCAUGCGAGCCCAUCGAGCCCCCUCCGAGGGACAACCUGACGGGCGCCUUCAUCGUCCUCAUCAAGCGAUUUGAUUGCAACUUUGACAUCAAGGUCCUCAACGCCCAGAAAGCGGGGUACAAGGCAGCCAUUGUUCACAAUGUGGACUCCGAUGACUUAAUCAGCAUGGGAUCCAAUGAUCUGGAUGUUAUGAAGCAGAUCGAUAUUCCCUCUGUGUUUGUGAGCGAGGAGACUGCCAACUCUCUGAAGGAGGACUACACGUAUGACAAGGGGGGACACGUGGUCCUCAUGCCAGACUUCAGCCUGCCACUGGAAUACUACCUGAUCCCCUUCCUCAUCAUCGUGGGAAUCUGCCUCAUCCUCAUUGUUGUUUUCAUGAUUACCAAGUUUGUCCAGGAUCGACACAGAGCUCGGAGGAGCCGCCUGCGCAAAGAUCAGCUAAAGAAGCUUCCAAUUCACAAGUUCAAGAAAGGGGACAGCUACGAUGUGUGCGCCAUCUGCCUGGAUGAAUAUGAAGAAGGAGACAAACUCCGAGUCCUGCCAUGUUCUCAUGCCUACCACAGUAAGUGCGUGGACCCCUGGCUGACCAAAACCAAGAAGACGUGUCCGGUGUGCAAGCAGAAGGUGGUGCCCUCGCAGGGCGACUCCGACUCCGACUCGGAGGAAGGCGAGAGCGGGCCCGACGAGAACGAGGAGGUGUCGGAGAGCACCCCGCUGCUGCGCUCCCUGGCCUCCACCAGCGCCCACUCCUUCGGAACCAUGUCGGGGGCGUCACGCUCCGAGCAGGACCAGGAGUCCUCCGAGUACGAGGACGACGAGCUGGACAGCAGCGACAGCGAGGAGGAGGUCACCGUGGAGACCGUGGUGGUGCAGAUGCAGCAGCCCUGCUCCGAGAGUCGCGACCACGAGCACGACCUGCCCCGGGCUUGACUGAUUGGUCGCUAAACACCUUCCCUCCCCUCGUGCCCACCACCCUUCCUCCCUGCAAACCCCCCUCACCCCACCCCACCACCACCCUCCCCCAACCUCGCAGCUGCAGAGACUUUUGCUGGGGGCACGAAACAGAUUCAUCACCCGAGUUCUUCUGUCACCGCUUAAAAUACAUUGUAAUGUAUCCUCCCUACAAGUUCAAAUACAAAUCUUAAAUUUUAUUUUUAACAUGAUUGUGGACGAAGCGCUGAUUCCCGCGCGUGCGACAGGAAGUCAGCGAGCAUAUCUUAAGGGCUGCUUGACAGACUUGACAGGACUGAUGACACUGAUGUACAGUAGACUGUCAUACUGUACUCUGUUUAGUCAUAAAAAGAUGUUUUGACACGUUUUUUCUGGUUUAGUCACAAGUGGGAGAGUCACAAUCAUGUUCGACAGGAAGUUCAGUAAAAGUACUGUGUGUAUAUAAAACGUAUAGAUCACAAUAAGUUACAUCUUUACCUUUGAUUAUCUCUUAUACUGUAAGUUUCAGAUGACUGGGAAGGUUCAUUAUUGUACAUACAUGUCCAUGCUAAACUGACACACCCUUAAGCGCUAUGCAGCAUCUUUUUUUUUUUGUAAAACUAAACUAACAUUCAGCAAAGUAUAGAGACAUUUAAAGCCACAGCAAUAUGGUUUUGCCAAUUUAUUUCCAGCGUGAUAAUAUGAAGGAGCCUUGCCAGCUCCUGUCUGUUUUGUGCCACGGUUUUUAACUGUUUUGGUGAUUUCACAUUUAAAGAGAGACUGAGGCCAAACCAGAUCGAGAGAGACGCGUUCAAGUGUAAAGGCUGCGCCCUCCACGAGAUGUCACGUCACGUUCGUUGUGGGUUACACCGGUUCAAAGUGUGAAGAUACACUUGGGAGUGAAAACUGUGUCGCUGUGACGCUGCCUGGGGUAAAUUUCCUCCGGCUGCUCCAGACCCAUCUCUUCAUUUAACACAAGCAGUUAUUGGUUGAUAGGCCUUGUAAUACACAUUUAACUGACCUUAUCUCAUUUUAAUACUGUUUAUAGUAAAUACUCUAACGUGUUUUUUUUUUUUUUAUAACAUGGCUUGAUUUUUUUUGUUUUGUUGACAGAUCCUGUUGCCUUUUUCAGUUGAUGUAUUUUGUCUCGUCAGUGUUUUUCCUGCUCAUGUAUGUCUGUUCUCAAUAUGAAUUCACUUCAAUAAAAUGAAAACGACACUUAACAAGGAAACUUU